CAUGCUCCGGGCCACCUCCGGGGUGCUUUCGUCUUCACGCCUCGACCUUGCGGAAAUGAAAAGGGUACUUCCGGGUCCGGAGAUAACCGGGCGCCGGCAGCGUUGGUUCGGCCCUUUAGGGCCUUGCUCCGAAGCUCCGCCUUCGUUUCGGUCUUUCUGGAAAACCCGCUUUGAUCUCGGCGGUGCGGGACAGCGUCCCGGGUGCCUGUGUGUCUCUCAUGGCUGAAACGACCCCAAACGGCCCCCAAGGGGCGGGCGCUGUGCAAUUCAUGAUGACCAAUAAACUGGACACGGCAAUGUGGCUUUCUCGCUUGUUCACAGUGUACUGCUCUGCUUUGUUUGUUCUGCCUCUUCUUGGGUUGCAUGAAGCAGCAAGCUUUUACCAACGUGCUUUGCUGGCAAAUGCUCUUACCAGUGCUCUGAGGCUACAUCAAAGAUUGCCGCACUUUCAAUUAAGCAGAGCAUUUCUGGCUCAAGCUUUGUUAGAGGACAGCUGCCACUACCUGUUGUAUUCACUCAUCUUUGUCAAUUCCUACCCUGUUACAAUGAGUAUUUUCCCAGUCUUGUUAUUCUCUUUGCUUCACGCUGCCACAUACACGAAAAAGGUCCUUGAUGCAAAGGGUUCAAAUAGUUUACCUUUGUUGAGAUCUGUCUUGGAUAAAUUAAGUGGUAAUCAACAAAAUAUUCUGAAAUUCAUUGCUUGUAAUGAAAUUUUCUUGAUGCCUGCUACAGUUUUUAUGCUUUUUAGUGGCCAAGGAAGUUUGCUCCAGCCUUUUAUUUACUAUAGAUUUCUGACUCUUCGAUAUUCCUCCAGAAGAAAUCCAUAUUGUCGGAACUUGUUUAACGAACUGAGAAUUGUUGUUGAACACAUAAUAAUGAAGCCUGCUUGUCCACUGUUCGUGAGAAGACUUUGUCUCCAAAGCAUUGCCUUUAUAAGCAGACUGGCACCAACAGUUGCGUAGUUUAACUUCUAGUUAAGCUAUGUAUAUAAUAUAAGCAUUAUUAGCAGCUGGUACUACUUCUAGGGUAUCCUAAAUUCCAGGUGUUAACACUGACCUCAAUUCAACUUACAUAAUUUACAUAGUAAAUGCAUCUCAAUGGAAAAAUAGUCAUUUUCCCGGCAUGUUAAAUCAAGCCUUUUCAAAAGUUGAUGAGAAAAAUUUUACUGUGCUCUGUUGCUAAUGGUUAAGGAAGUUUGUAUCUAGUGAUAAAUGUAUCAAUUUUUUUAGAUGCUGCUGUGCCUGUAUCAUGAAGUACAUUUAUUUUUUGAAAAAAUAGUUCUGAAAUUUGUUUCUACCUAAUUUGUAACCUAAUCUGGCAUGAAUUCAUUAUGGUAAUAACAUGUGAAUUUAGUAUAUUUUAAGACAGUAUUCUUUUGCCAUUCAGUAAUUUUGGUUGAUGAUUUUAACAGAAGCACUGUAAUUCUAUUUCAAAUUGUUAUUGAUUUUGUGCUACUUUGCUAGGACAGAUUUAUUUUGGAUGUAUCAUUAUAAAAGGCAGUUUAUGUCUUAUGCUAGGAGCUUCUGAAUUUUUAUUUCCAUAAGAAUUCUGUGGCUUUGAUUUUUUUUUUUUUUUUAACUCAACUGUAAGCCUGUUAGUCAAUUGGAUAAAUAUUUGGGGUCACAUAACCACUUUAUAUCAGAAAGUAGUAGUGACACAACUUUGCUUUCAAAGACCCAUUGAGAAAUAUUUCUUAAAUAGGAAAUCCUUUUACAAAUGUGGACAGAUAGGUUUAUUAGUAUUAUAGUUUGUAAAAUUACCUAGUUCAGGUUCUUGACUUCAGUUUUCUUGGUUUCUUAGGCUUGAAUUUUCCUAGAAAAUUGCAGCAGUCAGAUGCCUUUUGAAAGGAAUGUAACUGAAGAUUGAGCAUAUGGCUAUACUCAUGUCUGAAAUAAUAAUGAAGAAUAUCCUGUAGAUUACAUAUUUAUCCAUCAAAUCUGAUUUGAAAGGUUAAGUGGAAAGUUUUUUAGGUAAGGUAAUAUGUAAUGGGCCUGGGAGAGGAAUCGGGAAUAGUAUGCAUUUCAGUCUUGUAAUGCAUAGAUAUAUAUGAAGAAAUUGGCUGUGUUAUGCAACUGUGAUUUGAGUUGUAUAAUGUGUUAAGUCCUGUUCAUUGAACUCCCAUCAACUACUUUAUAAAAUUCAUUCUGAUCCUUAUUAUUGUUGCAUGAUU